AUGUCUAACUAUGGGGCGAUAGAUGAUGACUUUGAGCCUUUGCUCUCAAGCGUUAGCCCCCCUCCUGCACCCCCUUCGACUUUCUCACGCAGCACCAACCGUCCUAGACAACCAUAUCUAUUCACCGGAGGAUUAGGUCUCUCAAGAGAGGGCAGCAUGACCUCGUUACAUUCUGAAGAUGAUUACCGACAGCACAACAUGGCUCUUCGCUACCGGUUAUACAAUCGACUGGAUCCUGGAGGGCAACAGUUGGUAAGCUGUCACUAAUA